GCGGGUGUGGCGGAGGCGGUUUGCGGCCGUUAGGCGGCGGGGGGGCUGCCCUCAGCCGGGAGGGGCUUCGCGAGUGCCGGCCCGGGUAGGAGGAGGUUGGCGGGAGCCCGAAAAUAAGCGGGGGGGAGCGAGAAAAGAUGGUCAAGGUUUGCGCCAUUUUUGGAGGAUCACAAGGAACAGGAAAAGCUGUUGCAGUAUCACUGGCACAGAAAGGCUGCCACCUGGCGAUUAUUGCUGGAAACCUGGAAGUAGCCCAAACCACUGCACGUAAUCUUGGUGGAGGACACCUGGCACUUAGCUGUGAUGUAUCCAGCAAACAAGGAUUUGAGGAGAUACAAAGGAAGUUAGGUCCUGUUGACUAUUUGGUUAAUGCAGCUGGGAUUAACAGGGAUGGUUUGUUACUGAGAACCAAGACUGAAGAUAUGAUAGCCCAGAUUCACACUAACCUUUUGGGAACAAUGUUGACAUGCAAAUCUGCUGUAAAAAACAUUAUUCAACACCAGGGGGAGGUGCUAUUGUCAAUACAGGUAAGUUGCUUGUCUAAUCCAGUGGAAUUCAAUGUACUAGUUUUCUAGAAAGCAUUAGCAGGUGUAAGGUAUUAAAAUGUUACUUGUUAUGAUUAAAUUUCUUUGUAUUUAGACAUUCUAUAUUUAGCGUUUCUUUAUGAAUGCUUAUUCUUUUGCGUAAUUUCAGCAACUUCUAAAUGUAAACCCAGCUUGUUUCACUAAUAAACACCUCAGAGUUUAUAUUUUAUUGAAAAAAUGAUUUUACCAUUCUUCAUCAGCUCUUUCAGUAGCUAAAUCUACUAACUGCUAGUUACUAGGAAUCAAAUAGGUACAGUUGGCUUGUUGGUUUUUUUGGGGUUGUUUUGUUUUGGUUUUUUCUGUGGGAGCAUAUGUUUUUAGAAAGCUUUUCAUUUUACUCUCCUGCUGCCUGCUGAUCAACAUAAUUAUAUGGAUUCCACAAAAAUUGCAGAUAAUUGAGGGAUUUGCUUAUCCCAGCAUUAGGCUAUAAAGUACACUUAGUAAUAAAUAUACUUCUAAUUCCUAUUCAUGUAAUCUCAUUUUCCAUUCCACAUUUAAAAUUACAAAGCUAGUACGAGGUUUCAAAUUAGGCAUUUAAUCUUUUCUUCUCUUUGAUGUUUCUUUAUUUUAGGAAGUAUUGUAGGACUUAAAGGCAACUCUGGUCAAAGUGUAUAUAGUGCUAACAAAGCAGUAUUAGUUGGAUUUUCAUGCUCUCUUGCUAAAAAAGUAGCAAAAAAGCAAAUUUGAGUCAACAUGGUUGCUCCAGGUUAGUUUUGGCGAAAUUGCUAGAUCCUUGACUGUUGCAAUACGUGCUCAUCAAGAGCAUUGGAUAUUUGCUGUACUCUGAAUGUAACUUGAGACAAAUGUCUAUUAUUUUCUUCAACCUUUGUAAGUAAAUGCUUUAAAUCUCUUUUUUUUUUUUUUUCAAUGUAAAGUGUAAUACAUUCUUUUACAAAACCUUCAGUCUUCUUAAGGCAACACCGAGAAAUUUGGAAGAGUGUGUCUACCUGUUCCUCUGUCCAUUAUUACAGAAUAAAUGUUUUGUGGUUUUUUCUUUGUUGCUCCUUCAAAACCUGCUGCCCUUGCAGAUGGAAGUAUUAGAACUAAUUAGACCCUUGUCUCCUGCUAGAGGAUGCUUCUUUGUUAUUAGAAAAACAUGAAAGACCACAAGAGGCUGGCAUGAAAGCGUCCCUGUCUGUCCCUGUAGUAAAAGGAGAGAGUCUGGAAAGAAAGUUCGGUGAGGACAAGGCUGUGAUUUCACAAGUUGAUCUAGUCCAAGCAAACAACUGCCCUGAGGGAAAAAUCCCUUCUGUCUUUUCUGACUUUUUCCACUCACAACUGUGUACUCUGCUGCUCACCUUGUGCUAGCUCUGAUGCCUUUCAGACCUCUACAUGAACCAGUUCACCUUGUGAACUAGGCAGGAAAAAUACUUUUUAUUGUUUAGUGAAUUGAGCAGCUCACAGAAGGGUCCAGAGCAAUCAUAAAGGGGCAGAGUGGUACAGUAGAAAGCAAAACUGAGACUUUCGCUCUUGGUGGUACCUAGAAAGCAGAUAAGAUCAGCUGUUCAUGAAACUGCAGUUUAUGUGAAGAGCGGUAGGAAAACUGAAUCCCAGAUAACUGAAAAUGUUAAAGAAAUGUCCUUCAAAAAUGUCAAGAAAUAUUAUCUUCAAAUGAGUGCUGUAAUAGAAAUUACGUAAGUGUUGUCGUAAGUUCUAAAAUAUAAUGGAAACACUUGCAAGCUGUAGGGGUUUCUUGCCAGAGAUUUUGUACUUGUGUUUUCAUUGACAAUGUUUUGGUGAAAUCUGUGUAUUUUGUCUUUCAGAAAAUUGAUACUAAAUAUGAUUUUGGGACCCAUUUUUAGUUAUCUUUUUUUUUGAUGGACUUCCAUAGAUCUCUGCAUUUUGAUUAUUACAUCAGUGCUUUCAAAACUAGAACACGUUAUAUUGGUUAGGUAAAAAAUUGGUCUUAGCCAUAAAAUGAUGUGGAUUGACUUCUGAGGCUUCGAAAAAUGGUAGCUGAUGUGGAAUCCUAGUAGUAGAUUUCACUUUGGAGGAUUUCAGGGAAAAUCCACUAGGGAAAUAUAGUUGAAGAUUAGGUAACUCUUCAAAUAUCUCUCCUCUCUUAGGCUUUAUUCACACAGGGAUGACUGCUGAUUUGGAAGAAGAUCAGCUAAAGAAAGCAAUUCUCCUCGGAAGAUUUGGAGAGCCUUGUGAAGUUGCGCAAGCUGUUGUCUUUCUUCUGGAGUCCCCUUAUGUUACAGGAGUACGCUAGUUGUGGAUGGACGCUUGCAGCUUCUGACUUAACUAGUACCUUGAAUAAGUACCUGCUUUACUGUCAUGAUGGUAAUACAUAAAUGUAUGCUAAUUAAACGGAGAGGGGUGGAAAUUGGUUGAAGAUUGAUGUAUGUAAUUGACUUGAUAUUAAUUAGUCAGAGGAGAAAUUCAGCGGUGGUAAAGUCCAGCGUGUAUGUUUAGCUGCUGAAAGGGUCCAUUUGGUAUUACAAAGUCUGUAUAUAUAACAAUUUGAAAAAGAUCUGGUUUUGGUAUGGUGUAGCUUUAAAUAACAUGCUGGUACGUUUUUAAAGCAUGAUUUUUUUUAUAAAGUCAUGUUUUCCAAUCAGGGAUAGAGUGGAGAUUUUUUUCUAAAUACCAUGUUACACAAGGCUAAUAAAGUGCGGAGGCAUGUUUAUUGGUUGGCAGGUAUGAUUGCAUCAAGUUUUUCAUGUAGGGCAAAGACUAUGAACUGCACAAUUUUUUAUUCUUAUCAGUUAGUCCCUACAAAGUGGCAAGGAGUUUCCUUUUGGGUUUUGUUUGUUUGUAGCUAGCACCUACAAAGCUCAGAGCUUCUAGACCUUCAGCAUAGCUGAAUUGCCUUUAGGAGGUUUAAUUAUAUGCAGUGUGUUUUUGUAAAGACAAAACCUGCUCAGUUCUGUUCUUGAUUGUAUGUACAGCACUCAUUUAAUCCAGUAGCACUUGCGUGUAUACACUGAAGGACUGUGGUCACUGGAGUUGUUGACUCUGUAUUCUGAGUUUGAGCUGCAUGUACACCAGUGAACAGUACAGUUGCAGACAAUGCUGCAUAAAAGACUUUUCACUGACUCAGCAUUUGUUCAGAAAACACUUCACCACUUCCAGAGUGUGAAGUCAAGGUAUUUUGCACUACAUCUUCUUGAACGCUUAGUUCAACUGUUAUGAUACUCUUUAAUAUGUAUGUAUAGUCAAUAAAAUAGUCAUUUAUUUUAUUCAAAGCAGCUUUUGAAGCAGAGUAAUUAUUCAGCUGUGAAUGAUCCUGAGUUUUCCUCUCUUGCUGAAAAAUUACCAAAAAUUUGACCUCAGGCGUUUCUGUUGAGAUCAAGUAAUUUUGGGUAAUUGAUGUUUUUUAUCAUCUCUGAAGGAAACCGUGGAUGUGAUUUGGAACCUUCACUUCUUAGAUCAAGCAUUCAUUGCAUCAUGAUCCAGAUGUUGAUUCAGCUUCUGAAAUUACUUCCCAUCUUGGCACAAACCAAAGUACAGAAAGGAGAUCUCACCGAUGAUAACUUUGAAUCUUUAUAAAGUCUGAGAUUUUCUUCGUUUGUGCAGCUGAGAGAUUUUAUCUUUGUGCCAGAAAACAGUGCGUGUUCAAGCUUCUGGCAGCUGUUUCUGGACCACUUAAAACUACUUCAGAACUAGGAAGUGACAGCAGCUGCAACCUCCCCCAGGGUUUACCUGUUGUACUGCAGUUGGUUCCUAAAGCAAAAAAAUUCUCUUUCCUGCUGGUGUUAGACUGAAGUUCAUUCAUCAAUUGUCCUCUCUAUAGCUGCUGAAGUCAUUGCUGUACAGGUACCGUUGCUGGUAGUCUGGCUUUUUUCCUCUAAGUGCGAGCUAAGCGUUAUGUUGCAAGUGCCAACAUUUUUAUUAGAGAUUCGGUGCAGUAUGAGAUUAUUUUAUGUAUUAAUUACUUCUGUAAAGAGACUGUGGCUUAAUUCCGAUUUCGAGUCGCAAGCUUUAAUACAUGUUAAAGAAUACUGUGUGCUGUCUGCAGUAAAUGGUAAAUUUCUUGGGGCAGGGUAUGUGUUUUCAUCUGCCUGAUGUGUAUUAUGUGCUCACAGUUCUGCUCAAACAGGAAAACUCUGCAUGGGGAGGGCUUUUUCUUGCCACCAGCUCAGGAGAAUG